UAUUUACGAGGAUUUUGAUAGCAUUCGUAAUAAAACAUUUUGACGGAGAAAAGAAAUUCCUUUACCUAUGAAAUACAUAGCUUAACAUUGUGAAACCGGAUUUCUAUCACACCGACGAAUUUAGUUCGAUAAUUUUAAAAUAUCAGUUCUAUUCCAGUAGCCUGUGAAUUCACUGUAACAUGAUCAAUGAUCAUGCAGUAAUGGUGAUACGAUGAUUUACACGUGUAUUAAUAACCUGGAGACAUCGGCACAUCGUUACAACAAAGGAACCUUUGAACAUUUAGCUAUUUCUGGCCCGGUAUUUAUGAAACAUUCGGAUUUGCAUUCGAUAAGCUUUCGUAAAUGAUGGUGCAAGACACUGUGAACAAUGAACCACUCGCAAAGAGAAAUUGCCCCUCGCCACCCUCUCCGGGGAUUUUAAUGUCUCUCAUUGAUAAAAUAAAUCGCAGUACAGAAUUGCAAAAACCGUUUUUCUCGCUCGAAUUUUUCCCGCCAAGAACACCGGCUGGCGCAGCGAACUUGAUAGGAAAGAUUGAAAAAUUUUCUAAUGGCUCUCCCCUGUUCUGUGAUAUCACAUGGCAUCCUGCCGGAGAUCCUGGUGGAGAUAAGGAGACAAGCUCAAUGCAUAUUGCGGGUGCUGCAUUGAAUUACUGCGGCGUGGAGAUCAUGUUACAUAUGACGUGUGCUGGUGAAACAAAAGAGACAAUUACCAAACAUUUACAUAAGGCGAAGUCCAUGGGCAUUAGAAAUAUCCUGGCAUUAAGAGGAGACCCUCCACAUGGAGAAGAUUUUGAGAUGAUGGAAGGUGGUUUUGCAUACGGAACUGAUCUCGUGAAGCACAUACGUCAGGAGUUUGGAAAUUAUUUUACAAUAUGUGUAGCAGGUUAUCCACAAGGUCAUCCUGAAUGCGUGAGCUACGAAGAAGAUUUGGUUCAUUUGAAAGAGAAAGUAGAUGCGGGAUCUGACUUUAUCAUCACUCAACUUUUUUUCGAAGCAAAAACUUUUCUUAGCUUUGUUCAAGAUUGUCGCGACAUUGGUAUUAAUGUUCCAAUCAUCCCUGGUAUUAUGCCUAUACAGAGUUAUGAUUCUCUUCGUCAUUUGGUAAAGCUCUCGAAGUUGAGUGUUCCCCAAGAGAUUGUUGACGCAAUCCAACCAAUCAAAGACGACGACUCGGCGAUUCGUAAUUAUGGCGUCAAUUAUACUGUUAAAAUGGUCAAUGAACUUUUGUCAAGUGGUGUUGUUCCUGGAAUACAUUUCUACACAUUAAACAGAGAGGUUGCAACCACUCUAGUACUGAAAGAUACAAGCCUUUGGUCUACAGAACCGCUAUCUGCGCGGUCGUUACCCUGGAAAACAUGCGCAAACGUUAAACGUAGUAAGGAGGAAGUGCGUCCAAUAUUUUGGGCAUCACGUUUCAAGAGCUACAUUCAUCGCACGGCUGAGUGGGACGAAUUCCCCAACAGUCGCUGGGGAGAUUCGGCUGCCGCAUCGUUUGGCGAUCUUUGUGACUAUCACUUGUUUUACCUACGAAACAGAAUGAAGAAGGAAACCCUUUUAAAAAUGUGGGGUGAAGAGUUAAACUCGGUCGAAGAUGUGAGCGAUAUUUUUGUAUGCUACAUAAAUGGGGAGAACAACAUAUAUGGGAAAAAGGUAACUAUGCUUCCUUGGAAUGAAGAUGAAUUAGCUUUAGAAACAUCGCAGCUUUGUCACGAUCUUGUUGAUUUAAACCGCAACGGAGUACUUACGAUCAACAGCCAACCUCAUGUAAACGCGGCGAAAUCAAAUGAUCCCGUUUUUGGUUGGGGUGGAGAUGGUGGAUAUGUUUACCAGAAAGCUUACCUGGAGUUUUUUACUCGAAAAGAAGUUGUAUUUGAAUUAUUGAAAAUCCUGAAGAGUGAUUAUCCUAGCGUGAGCUACCACGUGGUUGACUAUGCAGGCAAGGUUGAUGAAGCAAGUACUCUAACACCAAUUGCUGUUACUUGGGGAGUAUUUCCAGGAAAAGAAAUCAUUCAACCCACGGUGGUUGAUCCUGAUAGCUUUCAAAUUUGGAAGGAUGAAGCGUUUGGCUUGUGGAAACACCAAUGGGCGCGACUCUAUCCAGAGGGAUCAAAGUCACGUGACUUAAUCGAUAAAAUUCACGAUGAGUACUUUCUCGUCAAUUUGGUUGACAAUGACUAUGUUGCAGGCAAUUGUUUGUUUGAAGCAAUAAAGAAAACCAUCGAACGUUUGAAUUCAAAUGUGAAACAAUCAACUGUAGUUGGGGCUACGAACGGCAUUUUGCCCGAUACUCAUUAACGCUUUAUUUCAUUUCUGACUUAUCAAUAAGUUCAAUUAUCUCGAUUCAUUAGAAAGGAUAUUAAUAUACAUGUGUAUUAGAGGGCGAGUUGAUGCGAUAAAAAUAUGAUUGGAAAAAGUUUCACUUUGACAUUUUUUAAAAUUUCCAUUGUAUAAAUAAACGAGACGUAAAAUGGCAACAGUACAUUUUUGUCUCAUAACUAUUAUUGUAAGAAAAUCAUUCAAUAAAGAGUUGAAUCUUUUAUGGGUGAAAUUUCCAAUCCUUGCUUAAAAUUAUUUCAUCCCUUAAUAAAUGUGGCCUGCCGAACACAUAUCAGCAGUUCUACUCAGUUGUAAAUAAUAUAAUGAAUUCUGCAAUAAAGUAGUGAUGGUAAGAAUGAGAAAA